AUGAAAAUUUUCCUUCAUACAAGGCCAAUUUACCAGAGGCAAAAUAAACAAAAAUUAAAAAAAGAAAAGAAAGAAACAUUUCUACUGCAUUUUCUUCCCACUCUGCAGGAGCCUCUCCUUGUAAGUCCUCCGUGCCUCCAUCUUCAUCAUAUGGGCCAGAAAAUCGGCCCACGAAUCAAUGGGCCCAGGAAGGCACCAAUGAACGCAGUCAUUAUACAGAGUCACAUUCUCAUUGGGCCAGUGCCCGUACCUGCUCGGAUGCCCAUCGGGCCUCAGCAGCAUGGCCUGCGUGGUGUCCAUCAGCCUCAACUUCUUCCUCCCUAUCCUCACCGCCGCCCUAAACUCCUCCAGCUGGACCAUGUAAAAUUCCAAAUUCGCCCCUUCCAAAACCGCUUCCUUUCCCCCAAACGGCCGCCGCCGCACGCAGUCGCCGCCCUCGUUCCACAGCCCGUUCUCGAAGUGCGACGGAGCGAACGUCCGGAGGAUCGCGACGCCGUCGAAGCCCUGCCGCCCGUCGGCGAGGUUGGGGAUCUGACAGUAGCGGCAGCCGACGGCGCGGCGGCGCUCGUAGUAGACGGCGGUGCGGGUGAACCAGUGACCGGCGCUGAGGAUGAGGUAGUCGAAGCCGUCGAUCUGGGUGGACCACGACUCGUCUGGUUCGUCGAGGCCGGUGUGGGUCGGGCCGUCCGAGUCGCGCUCCCUGGACCGGACCAGGAAUGGGGACGUGAAGUAUGCGAGAGUAAAGUUGUAAUUUUCGUAUCGCCAGCGCUUGAAGUGCUCGUCGGUGGUUGGGGAGACGUCGAUUGGGUACUCAACCUUUGGAUAGGACGAAUCCCCCACAAAAGCCAUGGACUUAUCUCGGACCAUAUCCAGGAACUGAAACGGGUUGAAAACGGGCAAUUCACACCUGUUGGGCUUCCAUUUCCACUUCAAGAAAUCCGAAUCGGGCCGCCCGUAUUUCAUGCAGUUUUGGUGCUCGUGUAUGGCCCAACACGUCUCGUUAGUGUAGUAAGGGGCUUUCGGGUUCGGCACCCAUUCGCCUGUGAAAAUGUCGCAUUUUUCGAUAUUGUCCGAGAUUUUGAUGUCGUGGUACGAAGGCCCGAUUAA